CCAUCUCACCCCCAACUAAAAUCCACACAAACAAUUACUAUUACUCAUUAUUAUAAUUAUUAUUAUCACUCUCCUCUUAAAAAACAUCAACAAAUUAAAUGGCAUUUUCAUCAUCCUCAAGUUUUUUCACUUGCCCAAAUUUUAAUACCAUCAAUCAACAAUCAUCAUUAAAAAAUCACUCGUCUAGAAUCUCGGCCAAUUUUGCAACAGCCGAACGUACCACGUCUAGAACUAGUACACGUACCAAUUCGCUAUACGACGUGUUAGGGAUACAAAUGGGAGCCGAUACGAUGGAAAUCAAGGCAGCCUAUAGAAAAUUGGCAAGAGUCUUGCAUCCAGAUGUUGGAAAUAAUGAUUCGUCGGCGGAUGAGUUUAUGAAAGUGCAUUCUGCUUAUGCUACUUUAUCUGAUCCCGGAAAACGAGCCGAUUAUGAUCAGAGUUUGUUUGGGCGACAAAUGGGUACAAUUAGAACUAAUUCCUCAAAUGUUGGAGGAUAUAACGGUUAUUCUGGUCGUAGAUGGGAAACUGACCAGUGUUGGUAGUUAGAUUAAUUUUAGUGUGCCUACUUUUUUCUUUUUUUUUUUUUUAUAAAACGGGUGCCUACUUUCAUUUAUUGUAUGUACAUAUAGUUUUUAGCUAGCUAGUAAUAAAAUAUUACUAGAGUUUGAGGUA